GGUCAUGAUGAGGCUCAACAUCAUAUCUUAGCGAGCGACAAACACGGGAUACAACAGUAGGGACACUCCAUUUAAUUUCGAGGAAGGGUAGUGAGAGCUGGUGGUACCUCCGAGUUCCUCGAGAGUGAGUGUUCAGGAACGUUGGGUUAUCUGCGCAGGAGAAUGUGGUGCUCCCGGUUUUUGGCGGCCAUAUUGCUGCUGCCUUUAAGUAAAGGUUUGUUUACAAACACAGCUGAGGGAGACCUUGGUGUCAUGAAGUUCCAGCAUCAGGCCAUUCUGGAUCAGACAGGCGCCUUCGUAAUGCUGUGGUCUCCUCUCGAGGAUGAAAUUCACAUCGAGAUACAGGUGGAAACAACUGGUUUUAUUGGCAUUGGAUUUUCUCCCAGCGGAGGCAUGAAGGGCGCCGACAUAGUACUAGCAUGGGUUGAUGACUUCACAGGGGAACUACAUGUUCAUGACCGCCACGCUACUGGCAUGAUGAUACCAUUUAUCGACAAGCAACAAGAUAUAACGGUAGCUGGAGGAUACCAGAACGACACCCACACCGUCCUUCGCUUCUCGCGUCCCUGGAACACCUGCGACGACCCCGAGGACAUGAAACUCUCCGGCGACACGACCAGGGUCAUCUGGGCGUACUCUUACCGGGAUCCUGAGGGCGAUAUGGAUAUGGGCAUCCACGACCAGAGAGGAACCAAGAGCAUCUACCUUCGGGAGCCCAGGUUUUCUCUUCCAACUUUCUCUGAAGAUGUAAAGAGCAUCGAUUUUCUUACUGAAGAAGUGAAGUUACCAGAUCAUUUAGACACAAUAUACUGGUGCCAAAUAUAUCGGAUUCCAGGUCUAGUGACUAAGAAUCACCUGAUUGGGUACACCCCAGUAAUUCAAAAUGGCAACCACGAGCAAGUACAUCACAUCCUCCUGUACGAGUGCCACGUGAACGAAAGCUCUGUGCAUUACGAGCAGUGGCUCAUCGCCGGAGGACGACAAUGCUUGACUGCCAAUAUGCCCACGUCUUGGUAUUACUGCAGUCACACUAUCAUUGCUUGGGCAAUUGGUUCCGAAGGUGAGCUUUUCCCUGAACACGUAGGCCUGCCCCUGGGAGAGGCAUAUGGAGGUGCGGACUACUACAUGAUGCAAAUUCACUAUGAUAAUCCGAAACUCAAAACAGGAGUGGUAGACAGCUCAGGCCUGCGGCUCUACUAUACGGACCAAACAAGGGAAUUAGACGGAGGGGUCAUUAUGCUGGGGAGUGAUGUUGAACCAACUAUGAUUAUCCCUCCAAGACAACACUGGAGGACAACCGGUAUUUGCUCUGGGGAUUGUACCCAGAGUUUCCCAAAGGAUGGAAUAAGGAUAUUCCAAGGGCUAUUGCACGCACAUCUCUUAGGACGAGCCAUCGCUGUCAGACACAUACGAAACGGAGUGGAACUUCCGACAGUAUUUAAGGAUAUGAACUACGACUUCAACUACCAGCAACAAAGGGUCCUGAAGGAGGAGAUGGUCGUCAUGCCAGGGGACACACUCAUUGUCGAAUGUGACUACGACUCCACAAGGAAAGCCAUCCCUACUUUUGGAGGCGAGGACACUGACGACGAGAUGUGUUUGGCUUACUUCACUUAUUAUCCUCGCAUGCAAAUUUCCAGGUGCCUCUCGGUUCCCACGGUUUCUCAAAUAUAUAAACCUUUGGGCGUUCAGAAGGUCUACUUCGAGGAUAAGAGCUCCGGGAAAACGUUUCCACUAACAGAUGGGUAUACAGGUAUGGAUACAAACCGUAUCAAAGAAAUGGACAAGAAGUUUUUGGAGAACCCAUCUGGAGAUUUUCAGGAGCUUGAUAUAUCGUUGGCAUUAAAAAGAAUUGUAGCAAAGAGUCCCAAAGAGUACGAGAACAGAACACUCUAUGACAUGCUACAUGAUUCCAGAACUUGGCAAGACCCGAAAGUUCUUGCCGAACUACAAGACCUAACGAACUAUGGAACCCACAAGUCUAUCUGCGGGCGGGUAAACCAUACAAGAAUCCAGCGGGCUGCAGCGACGGUAAGGUAUCCUGACUUCAUUGCCUUCAAACCUUUAGAAGACGAAGCAUGCUCACCGUCCCACUCGGAAGUUUACGUGCCUUACGAAUCCGAAACUACCGAUAUAAAUAAUGAAGACCAAAGGACCUCUGAAGGAAAAGCCGUAAACAAAAAAGAGAAAGGAAGCUCCCCCGCCGAAGGUCACGGCAGCCAUGCAUCUGCUGCAGCCUGUGUCACAGUCAGCCUGUAUCCACUUUUCCUCUUUUGCGUCUCCGUCUGGAGGACCUUCAUCUACUGAAAGAAAAUGGGAAUAGAAAAUCGUUUUCUGAUCACAGCUCCUAUAAACCUGCUCCCUUACGAAAAACAAGUCAAAGCAAGUAAAAAAUGCUAUGAUUGAUUUUGAGGAAAAAUUGAUAAAAGGGUGAAUAUUUUGCUCGUCAGGUUAUCAAAACCAAAAGUCUUCAUGCGUAAUGUGUUCUUCAUUAGCAUUGUAUUUUUUUAUUAGGCGCAAAAAUGUCAUAGUAUUAGGACAGAACUUCAGAUGAAUGUUGUAAUUUUACAAAAUAAACUAAGGUUUUGAGAGACCUAUGGUGGUACGAGCAAGUUUUACAAAACAAAACCAAAUAAAAGUAACGAUAUUACCACAUGAUUACAGUUAUUAUUAGUUUACAUGCCACUGAAGAUAACGUAUAUUCAGAUGGCAGUGAACUGUGUUGCGGGUACAACUGUAUAUGUAUAUAUAAACAACGGAAAUUACCCAAUUUGUAUAUUUCUAAUAUCUAAUGUGUUUAUAAUGAACGGAUAAUCAUUAAAAUGAUUGAAAUGGUCCAGAA